CGCCAGCUGUUAUAAAACCACCGAAGAAGAAGAAAAAGGCUAACGUUGGUAUCAGGGGUUCGGAGGAGCAGGACCGAGUUCGUUUCACUUUUCCGGGUCAGAACCAGCGUCAGUGAGACUGUAGUGAUCCAGUCUGAGGAGGAUCUGUCUCCAGGGCGUAGUGGACCUUCCGAACCCACCCGGAACCGCUGCUGGUGAGUCUGGAUCGCCUGGAUCCAGGAGUUGGAGUGAGCCCAGUGAGCUCCGGCGGACCUCCCUGUUCCCAGAAUCCUCGUCCAGCUGCUAUCAGAACAUGAGCAGCUCGGCACAAAGGAAGAGGAAACCCACAGGAAGUUCUCUGCCUUCUAGAACCAAGACCAGCAGAACUGCCAACAGUCGGACCUUGGCCCUCAGAACCGACGACGUUGGAGACCCGACCCCCCCGUCAGACCCGACUGACACGUUAGACAGUGUCACUGAAGGUGUGGAGGAGGUGGUGGACCUGACCCGCGAGGGAUCAGAAGCUGCUGUGGUGGACCUGACCACCGCCAACGACUCUGUGCUGCUGGUGGAUGAAGGACCGCUGGACAUCAGAGUCCCUCCAGGUCAGAGCUAUGUGCUCAGCAGCGACGACGACGAAGACGCUGCUGUCCACGCUGCCAUCGCGUCACACACAGCCAGGUCGACUUCGGGUCUCGUCAGUUGUCCCAUCUGUUUGGACCUGUACGCUGAGAUCGUAGACAGCGGCCGAUUGGUCGUCUCCACCAAGUGCGGUCACGUGUUCUGCAGCCAAUGCCUGAGAGACGCUCUGGCGGCCUCACACACCUGUCCUACCUGCAGGAAGAGGCUCACCGCUCGCCAGUACCACCCUCUUUACAUCUGACACCAUGUGACAUCAUCAGCUGGCUGCGCUGCUAUUGGCUGUCCUCAGGGACGUAACUGACAUCAUCAGCAGGGUUUUAUUUGCUGAAACAUUGAAAAUGUUUUCAGGAUCAGAUCCGCAUGUUGAAGAGCUAAAUAAUGUGAUUAUUUUCUUUCUGUUCAGAGUUUUAUUUGAAAUAAAUAUUCACAUUGAGGACCAA